AUGGGAGGAGGAGAAGAACCUUCACGAGAAGAAAUUCAUGAUGGUUCUACGACCAAUCAAGAAGAAAAUACAAACGCGCAACAAAAUGUGGAGUCUAGUCCAAAUCUUCCCGAGAAGCCAGUUAAUGCGGAAGAGGAUAGUUCAAAGGAAACGAAAAAAAUACUUGAUGAAAAGUCAAAUGAAAAUACAGAAGGAACCAAUGUAGAACAAGCACAACCUGAAAUAGCUGAUAAUGCACAAGCUGUAAGUGCACCAGUUACCGAAACCACUUCCGUUGUUAAUCCAUCACCGGGUCCCGUGGAAGCUCCUAAACCAGAAGAUACUGCUAAUAAGGAUGCGGCACACGAAGAUCAAGUUAAAUUUCAACAGAAUUUGGAAUAUGAGAUAUCCAUUAAAAAAGAAGAGGCCGAAAGAACACCGCUCGUUUGCAUAUCAGAGGACAUUCAAAAGUUAUAUCAAGAAUAUGAACAGGGUAGUGACGUAUAUCGGAAUAAAAUUAUGAAAUUGGCAGAGAGACAUAAUAAGAUAAGACGUUGUCGUGGUGAUGGUAACUGCUUUUAUAGGGCCUUUGGGUUUGCAUGGUUCGAACGAAUUUUGCUUUCCAAUAAUUUAACUAUUCUUCGAACGGCUCUCGAUUCUUUGAUUGCAACAAAGACGUUGCUUAAAUCAUCUGGGUAUCAACCGUUGGUUUAUGAUGAUAUUUACGAUGUCGUUGAAGAACAGAUGAAAGCCAUCGAGCGUGGUGAACGUGACGACUCUAUGUUAUUGGCAAUCUUUCAAACCGAUGAUAUUUCUAAUCAUAUAGUCUGGUAUCUUCGUGUAAUUACUGCGGCCUAUUUAAAAAAGUAUCGUCAAGAAUAUGAACCUUUCCUGGAAUUUGAAACUGAAAUGGAUCAGUAUUGUAGUAAGUAUGUAGAGGUCAUGGAUCAGGAAGCUGAUCAUAUUCACGUCAUUGCAUUGACUAAGGCUCUGAACGUUCCUGUUGAAAUCGCGUAUAUGAGUGGAUCUGACACGAUGGAACAAGUUAAUUUUCAUGAGUUUUAUCCUGAUAACGAACCCACAGGAGGGAAUAUCAUUUUAAAACCUUUGGUGUUGUUAUAUCGCCCUGGACAUUACGAUAUUCUUUAUCGAAAAGAAUGA